GUCCCACGUAUCGCAGCAUCUACGCCAAGGAUGGUUACGUCAACCUAGGCCCAGGAAUCGACACCAUGUGGGCCCUCUUUAAGGCCUCAGUGGAGAAAUUCGGCGACAAUAAGUUCCUGGGGAAGCGCUCGAUUGUAGAUGGCAAGGCCGGUCCCUUCGUGUGGGACACGUACUCCCAGGUGCAUGCCAAGGUGCUGAAGCUGGGAUCAGCGUAUCGUGCUGCUGGGCUGGAUGCGAAUUCCAAGGUGGGAAUCUACGGCAUCAACUCGCCCGAGUGGUUUAUGGCCAUGGAGGCGUGCAAUUGUCAGUCCAUGCAGUGCGUGCCACUCUACGAUACACUGGGCGCGGAGGCAGUCACCUUCAUUCUCAAUCAUGCCGAAGUGGCUCUCGUGGUCGUGCAAGCAGCCAAGCUGCGAGCUUUGCUCAAGAGCCUGCCUAGCUGCACUGCAAACGUCAAGACGGUGGUGAGCAUGGGGGAUCUGGAUGCGGAUUCAGCCAAGGCGCUGACAGACAUGGGCAUCAGGGGAGUCACCUGGGACGACUUUCUGAAAGAGGGCGAGGCGAAGCCAGUGGAACCAUGCCCAUCCAAGCCAGAAGACAUCUGCACCAUCAUGUACACCUCAGGAACCACGGGCGAGCCCAAGGGAGUGCUUAUAACGAAUCAUGCCCUCGCCACUGCAGUAGCGGGCACCAAGCGGUUCUGCGAGGUUAAUGACUACGUGCUCACAACGACAGACAUUUACAUCUCCUACCUGCCCCUGGCGCACAUCUUUGACCGCGUAGCAGAGGAGCUCAUGACCCACGUGGGUGGCUCCAUUGGCUUCUGGCAAGGGGACGUGAGGAAGCUCACAGACGACUUGGAGGCCCUCAAGCCAACCUUCUUCUGUGGAGUGCCGCGCAUCUUUGACCGCAUCCACUCGGCUGUCAUCUCAAAGAUUGAGUCUACGGGCGGCCUCACCAAGAUGCUGUUUGACUAUGCCUACAGCAGCAAGCAGGCUCGGCUGGCAGCAGGGGUGAAAAUUCGCGACGCCACGCCCAUCUUUGACUUCCUUGUCUUCAACAAGGUCAAGUCGCGGCUGGGUGGCAACGUGCGGAUUAUCUGCUCGGGAGCUGCCCCACUGGCCCCUCACGUGGAGGAGUUUCUCAAGAUCGCCAUGUGCUGCCCCGUGGUGCAGGGGUAUGGUCUCACCGAGACCAACACGAGCGGCUUCAUCUCAUAUGCUGAUCGCAUCGAGCAGGCCGGCACGGUCGGCCCGCCCAUGCCCACGCUGGAAACCCGCCUCGAAUCCAUCCCGGAAAUGAACUACGACGCAAUCGGGUCAACAACCAAGCAGGAAGGAGAAUCAGGGAGCACAGGGGGGGGAGACUCAGGGGAGGCGCAGGCGCAUCCCCCGCGGGGGGAGGUGUGCAUUCGCGGGCCGAUUCUGUUCUCGGGGUAUUACAAGAGGGAAGAUUUGACCAAGGAGGCGGUGGAUGGGGAGGGGUGGUUCCACACGGGUGACAUCGGCGAGUGGCAGGCGGAUGGAUCGAUGAAGAUUAUUGACAGGAAGAAGAAUAUUUUCAAGCUGGCUCAGGGGGAGUAUGUUGCUGUGGAGAAUCUUGAGAAUGUCUUCGGGAACUGCUCGGCUAUUGAUAUGGUGUGGGUGUAUGGCAACAGCUUCGAGGCGGUGCUGGUGGCGGUGGUGGUGCCAAACAAGCCGACUCUUCUCGAGUGGGCCAAGGGGGCGGGUGUGGAGGGGGACUAUGCUGCUCUCUGCGCCACUGAGGAGGCGAAGAAGUUUAUUCUUGGGCAGCUGACCGAAACGGGAAAGAAGGGCAAGCUGAAGGGCUUUGAGAUGGUGAAGGCGGUGCAUCUGGAGUCACAGCCCUUCGACAUGGAGAGGGACCUGCUCACGCCCACGUUCAAGAAGAAGCGCCCGCAGCUGCUCAAGUACUACCAGGCACAAAUCCACGCCAUGUAUGCAGAUACGCGGGUGGGCGAUAGAGGGGGAGGAGCUACGCGGAGAAGUGAUAGUGUGGCGAGUGAAACGCGGUCGGGCGAUGGAGGUGCGGCGGAUAGCGCAAGUCGCGGUAGCACGACCGGCACGACCGCCGCACCCGUCGCGGCAGUACAGGAGCUGGGUGCUCGAAGCCAUGAUACCGCGGUUCAGAGCGGUGCUGAGAGGUGCAUUGAGGCGGCGUUAGCGGACGAUUUGUUAAAUAGCGCAGGUGCGGCGGAUAGCGCAAGCCGAGGCGACACGGCUGUGACGGCAGCUCAGGGGUCUCAAGCGGUCCAGAGCGGUGCUGGGGGGUGCAUCGAAGGGGUUGCGGCGGAUAGCGCAAGCCGUGGCGGCACGGCCGUGACGGUAGCUCAUGGGUCUCGAGACCAUCAUACCACGGCGGUUCAGAACGGUGCUGAGGGAUGCAAGGGGGAGGGGGAAGAUGAGGGCAGGGAGGCGGAGAGCGCAGGCGGGGCGGAGCAGAGUUUACCGGACGGGGAAGCGCCUUCCGCGGGGGUUACUCCCGGACGAGGCGCAGUGGCGGAGGGUUCAGGGGAGAGACUGGGGGAAGGAUUGGCGGAGGAUUUGGCGGAGCGGAUCCGCGCGCUGGUGGACGUGGCGGACAUGGGCGCAGUGCGGGAGGCGCAAGGGGAGAGCCUAGGCGCGUUACAGGACACAGCGGCCAUUUUGGCGCAUUUCAACGCCUUCUCGCUCAAAGCGCUGGCGUCUGAAGCCCCUGCCAUGCGCGCCCAUACUGCCGUCCUGCAUGCCCUACAAAGCGACCUCAUGCGCUCAUUCAGAAAAAUCAGGGAAAUGAAGGCGAAAUUGAGAAAGGCAUUUCCAAAUGCAUUUGAGGUCAGUGGUGGGUUCUGA